AUGAAGGCGCUGUGUUUGAACUUUGCCAUCACCUGUCUUUGGCUUCUCCCUUCAGCGGUCCAAGAAACAGCCAGGCCCUUUUACUUACAGAACCCACAAUGGAGGGAGGAGGACGGAGGAAGAGGAGACGCUGUGGGAGCUGCACUGAAGGUUAAACAUAUCUCCAAAGAUUUACAGAUAAUCUCCACCAAACACAAAACACCUGCUUACGGUUCGCUCGGCCCGUACGGUUGGCCACAGAACUUCUCCCAAGCUUUGGAUCAGUACGUGUACCGCCCUGCUCCCAAAUCCAAACCUCCUGCUAAAACAUCCCCAAAGGCCAAGAAGAUCCUGGGCUGGGGUGAUUUUUACUUCAACGUGAAAACAAUGAAGUUCAGCCUCCUGGUGACGGGGAAAAUCGUUGACCACAUCAACGGGACUUUCAGUGUCUACUUCCGGCACAACUCCUCCCGUCUGGGGAACAUAUCUGUCAGCAUCGUCCCGCCCUCCAAAGCUGUAGAAUGGGAAGUUCUGGAUCCUGUGACUCAGAGCACUCACACCAAAAACUCAGUCCUGGUUCCAGAUGUGAUGUCUCACUUCCAGAAUCCCCCUCAGUCGACCAGUCCCCCCCCCCCUGACCAGCAGAAGCAGCAGCAGGACAUGAUGAUGGUGACCGAACUUAACUGCCGGAUUGAAUACCAGAGAACCAACCGGUCCAAGAAGACCAAACCCUGCAUGUAUGACCCGGGGCAGACCUGCUACUCAGAAAACACCCAGUCUCAGGCAGCCUGGAUCUGUGCCAAGCCCUUUAAGGUUAUAUGCAUCUUCAUCGCCUUCACCAGCACCGAUUACAGGCUGGUGCAGAAAAUCUGUCCAGACCACAACUUCCAGACAGAGCAGAACCAGCAGCACUUUGGUUGACAGAUUCUGCAAGGCUGAAACUGAGACAUCACACCAUUUUUGACUUUUCACACGUCCUUCAAAAUCAUGAGUUCAGUUUUUCAAAAUGGGUUUGAGGUUGAC